AUAGUGGUUGGGAUAAUGACGAUGGAGAUGAUGUUACUGAAGAAAUACAAAACUUAAAAAACAAAGAACUUAAAUUAGAGUGGAAGGAAGAAAGAAAGACUUCAAGAUCAAGUUAUUAUGAAAAAUAUGGACCAACCGGUUCAUUUACCAAGGCAGCUGUUAAUACUAAAAAAAUUACUUUUUUUAAAGUUCGUAAUCAAGCUACAAUUAUACAAUCUGAUGGAAUUUUGA